AUGGCCUCCUAUGCAUCUGCAACACCAAAUAAUUCUUUAAAACAUGUUGAAUGGAUGUGGAAAGCAAAUCCAAAUCCAUUUUCGUCAUCCGAGCCAAUCAUAUGGAAUCAUUAUUCGGAUUUAGAAAAUUUAAUCAUCGAAGAAGCAUUUCAAAGCAAACAACAACGAGCUUUAUUGGAUGAUUAUUAUAUUGAUUUCGAAAGUAAUCUGCAAAUAUCGAACACUGAUGAUUAUAGGCAAAGACCAAUAAAACGGGUCGUGCGCGAGCGACAAGACAAACAUCUACGAGAAACACGUUUUAUGGACCUUCCUGUUAGUACUAAACGUUCGUUUGGUGGUCAAUACGGUUGGACAAGUCCCUUUGUCAUCGAAGUCAGAAGAGACCUGAAACUUCAACCAGAUGACUUACCUUCAAAAAAGCCAAACAUGAUUCCGAUGCUUAUUGAAAAAGCUGCUUGCGGUAUCGUUGAAGAAGGAAAACACAUUGGAAAACAACGAGAAGCCGAAAAAUUAGCUAAAAUGCUAAGAGAAAAGAAGAACGCUGGUAUGGAGGAAGUAUGGAAACUUUGUGUCUAUCUUUACACAUUGGAAAGUUUCCUCUACAAAACAUUGAAUGCAGCAAUGAGAUUAGUUGGAGAUAAAGAACAUGAACAAGUAUGGCGAAGUAAAGUUCGUACAUUAGGUCCAUUCUGUUUACUACUCUGGGAUGAUCCAUUUAAUCAAAAAGUGACAGUUAAAAAGACACUUUAUCGAGGAGCCGAACUGACGAAGAAACAGAUUGCUAAAUAUGAACAUAUGGCCAAAGACAAAAAGGCAUUUGGGUCAUUUCAAGCCUAUACAUCUUGUAGUCGCAAUCAUGAAAAAGCCGAAGAAUUUGGAAAUACAUUAUUCAUUAUGAAAGUGUUGUAUGCCUUUAUUGCUGAUCUCAGUCCAUUAUCUGAGUAUUCUGAAGAAGAAGAACUUAUUACACCAGGUGUUUGCUUUCGGGUUGAAAGCGUUGAAUUCAAACGCAAGACAAAGAAAUAUUUGAUUCACUUGAUACUUCAACAACGAUUUUCAAGUAAGCAAGAAAAUAUUCUUUCUAAUCACAUUUAUAAUAUAAUAAUAACAUUUCAUAAAAUAUUAUUUUCAUUCGAUAUGCUAUAUUAA